GCCAGAAAUGUUAUUCAGGCAGCCUUAGCAGAACAUUAAGGCCUAGUCACUGUUACUGACUAGGGACUGAAUCAGGAUGUAAUGACGCGGCACCCACACUACUGCCACAACGCAAUAAGAAAUUUCUUUGCAUUAUAAAAUAAAAGUUAUACAUCGUUGAAUCGAUAAUAAUCCGUUGCUCAUCGGGUCUGGUCAGGCUUGAUCGAGCUCGGGUCCGUGCUCUGUUGUAUCCUAACCAGGGCUUUAUAAAGAUUCUAUACAGGAUUAGGGCUAAAUUCCAGCCUGAUUACGACUUUACGUCAGGUCGGCUCAAAUGUAAUACAUAUAUUGUUCUGAGUGUUCAGUUCUCACUACGUUGAGCUGUUGGCAGGAUGUAUCGAGAGCGGACACCGCAAGUGAAGAUUUUGAAAUGCUGUCAUAUUUUGCGGAUUAAUCAAUAAUGAAGCAUACAGUUUUGCAAGCUGCAAUUUAUCCAGCAUAAUAUUUACAGAAUGUCACUCAAUAUUUUUAAACCAGUUAUCAAAAAAAUACCUGGCGAAAUACCACCUUUGCCCAAAAAGUCAAGCCAAGGCUUUAUUGAUGAUUUGAGUAAUAAGCAAAAAUUUGAACUAUUAGAUCUUUUAGAAAGGCAAAAUAAACUACUUGCUAAUAAGAGGUUUAUUGCAAAACUACCAGACAAAGGAGAAAAAAUAUUAAAUUUCAAAGAAAAAAUUGAACGUGAACUUCAGCAUCGUAAUAAAAUUGAAGAUGCUGCCAAUUUAUUGUCCAGACUCAACAUUGCUGCAGAAGGAAAAGCAGCUAUGAGCGAAUUGGAAUGGACUGGAAAUUAUAAAGAAAAAUCUAAAGAUGAAAUUGUGGUUCAGUUAGACAGUGAUGAUGAAACUGAUCCUUUAAAAAUACUUGCACAGCCCACUGGAAGUGGUAUUCAUAAUAAAAAAAUUAUUCAUAUUGUCCCAAAUGAUACUUUAAUAAAACCGGAGGAUAUAAGAGAAGCAAAAUCAUUCAAAACUCAAGAUCCACUAGAAUUGGAGCAUGUAAAAUAUAUAGUAAGUAAGGUGGAAAAUCCUGAAAAUGAAAAGAAAAGGGAACCUUUUAAGCCAUACAAAACCACAAGGUCAAAUGUACAUGAUCCUGAAAAAGAAAAACAAAGGGAAUGUAAAAAAUAUAAAUAUUGGGAAGUAACUGCGGCAACACCACCUCUCAUUAUUCAUGGAGCUGUAAAAACAUUGGACCUUAAUGAAUCCUUGAGAUUACAAAAAGAACAUGAAGCAAAACUAAAGGAAAUUCAAGCUAAGCAUGCUGCAGAACGUUUAGCGCAACAGUUAGGACUACAUAGUACAGGCGGUUUACCGAGUAAUUUAGGGAAUCAUCGCGGGCAAAAUACUAAUAUUUCCGAUUCGAGUUCUGAAGAUGAAGAAAAUUACGAAGAAGUUUACGACGAUGAGGAUAACGAUAAAGCUGGAACAGUCGUUUUUACAGUAGAUACAGAAGAAAGUUAAAGUUAAUAUUAUUGUAUAAUUUAAUUUACAUUGUAAGUUGUUAAUGCAAAAAAUCAUAAGACUUAUGUAAAAAGUGCUGGAUCACCAUUAUCAAAUAUAUUUUUUAA